UGACACAGCAGUCAGAUUAACGCUGAAUAUACAUUUCACUGCUAUACUUGGUUGCAAUUGUGAGGCGCCUGUACCUAUUUGAUUCGGUCUGACCAUCAUUGUCGACUGACGGUUCGUUGCAGAAGCAUACACGGAAACAGAAGACCAUUUCGAAAUGUCGACGUGGGGAGAAUACUUCCGGGUCACCACUUAUGGUGAAUCCCAUUGCCGCUCUGUCGGCUGCAUCGUCGAUGGCUGCCCUCCGGGCAUGGAGCUCACAGAGGAAGACAUCCAACCCCAGAUGACCCGAAGACGUCCCGGACAGAGUGCUCUGACGACGCCUCGAAAUGAAAAGGACCGUGUAGAGAUCCAGUCUGGAACGGAGUUUGGCGUUACCCUGGGUACCCCGAUCGGAAUGAUGGUGCGUAAUGAGGAUCAGAGACCCAAGGACUACGGUGGCAGCACAAUGGAUCUCUUCCCUCGUCCCAGUCACGCCGAUUACACUUAUCUGGAGAAAUAUGGUGUCAAGGCGAGCAGCGGUGGUGGCCGGAGUAGUGCCCGCGAGACCAUCGGCCGUGUCGCCGCCGGUGCCAUCGCUGAAAAGUACCUACGCCUGUCGCACGGUGUUGAAAUUAUCGCCUUUGUCUCCUCCCACCCUUCUCCGUCGACCAACCCGGAGUUCCUGAAGCUCAUCGAGACCAUCGACCGUAAGACUGUCGACACCUUCGUCCCCACCCGCUGCCCGAACGAGGAGGCCGCGGCGCGCAUGACAAAAGUGAUCGAGACCUUCCGGGACAACCAAGACAGCAUCGGCGGCACCGUCACCUGCGUGAUACGCAACGUCCCCGUCGGCCUGGGCGAGCCCUGCUUCGACAAGCUCGAGGCCAAGCUGGCGCACGCCAUGCUCAGCAUCCCCGCCACCAAGGGCUUUGAGAUCGGCUCGGGCUUCGGCGGCUGUGAGGUCCCCGGCUCCAUCCACAACGACCCUUUCACCGUCUCCGAGGUCCAGACCCGCACCGGCAACAAUACCAUCAGCACGCAGCGCCUGACCACCAAGACCAACAACUCCGGCGGCAUCCAGGGCGGUAUCUCCAACGGCGCCUCCAUCUACUUCAGGGCCCAGACUACCGCCUCCUACGGCUUCGAGGAGGGCAUCCUCGAGGCCAAGGGCCGCCACGACCCCUGCGUAACCCCGCGUGCCGUUCCCAUCGUCGAGGCCAUGUCCGCCCUCGUCAUCAUGGACGCCCUCAUGGCCCAGUAUGCCCGUGAGAGCGCAAAGAAUCUGCUGCCCCCGCUACCCAGCACCCUCCCUACCAAACCGACUCUCGGCUCCAGCGGUGCUCCCGCCUCUUCAUAGACCUGUUUCUCUUUAGAAUCUAUAUCAUAGUUUUUCAAAAUUUGUUGCAGAUAGCAUCUUUUCUUCGGGCUUUUCAACAUGCACCUGGUGAGCACUUGCAUCGUUUCCACCUCAUCUCGCGUCGCUUUCAACCCGGCUGUUCUAGAGCUUUCCCCUAAUCUACAGCUGAUAACGAUAUCUACUUGUCAAUG